AACAUCAAUGUUAUCACAACACUCUGCUUCAUUUGCGAUGGCUUAAUCAAGGUUUCUCACUUCUUUCAAACACAGUAUUGCAUCAAAUUGUGCUAAUAAUGGAAAGCUUUUCCAAAGUGAUCAGCUUCUACCAGAUGCUCGCACUGCAUUGGUUUAGUUCCAAACGAAAUGAGGCCGUAAACUGUGAAACUAUCUUCUUCAUUACCUUCAACUUUUGCUUUGUGACUGUCCUUUUCUGCUGGAUCUACUGGAACCCAUCGUUGGUAAUUUUCACCGACAGUCCGCUGGGCUAUGUGGUGGAUUAUUUCAAAUUUCUUCUGAUGAUUUUCACCUACUACUCGCUGUUUGUGGAAAGUGGCUUUCAAGCUAGGAUUCUACGUCAAGUUUGGAAAGAACUGGAACAAUUCCAGCACAUUCUUCCCCGUGCGGAAUGGGCAUCUCAGCAGCGUGGUCAUUUUGUUGUGGUCGCCUGCUUUGUGCUUUACAUGUCCUGGUGGGAGAUUACAUACGCGUACUGUAUUUGUAAGACGUUUCGAUGUACCAACUUUACUAUCACGUUUUGGGCCCUGUUUUUGCUGCUGCAUUUGCGCCAAUUGCAGGUUUUACUCUACACCGAUCUAGUGGGCUUUUGCUUGAAGACACUAAACACGGAGCUCUCGUGGACGAUCGAGCUGAGCAAAGGUGCUAGUAGAUAUGGUGGUGUUCGCAGUGAUGGACAGAUCUGUGGUAAUUUAUGCACACUGGUGGAUGUAUUCGCCCGUACCGAACAUCUGGUCGAAUUACUUAACCGAGCAUUUGGAUACUCGUUUACCAUCAUCAAGUUGAUCAAUCACAUCUACAUACUAACGGAUACGUACUGGAUUGUGCGGGGUUUUACAAGCAGAAGAGUCCUCGGAUCACUGUGUAGGUGUUAGAAGUGAACUUGCGUCA